AUGCACGUUGCAAGGCUUGCUGGCUACACCAUAUUCGUGUUUGGAGUUCCCGUGGCGGGUGUGCGACCUGCUCUGGAUUCGGCCGUCGCAGACGAAGAAGCCCUCGGUGACCCUGUGUGCUGCUGCAAAUCGCAAGUGGAGAAGGGUUCCAUUGACACUACGCUCAUUCCGAUAGAGUGGCAUCAUUGCGAUGCCUUCAAGCAGAUCCGACCUGAUCGUCCUUUCUGGUUUCACGAGGGGAUGUGCUGCUGGACAAGCAAAUACUUUUGCACAGGCACUAUAGGCGAACUGCUUGUCGGGCACGACAACAGUGGUGACAGGGCAUCUGCCGACAAGUGCCCAGCUUCGUCUCCUGACGGUACAGUGCGUCCUCCUGACCCUACGAUGGCCUACAAUCGCAACGUGGAGUACCUCGAGACAAAAAUCGCAACGAUGCUGGUCAGCAACGUAGUUGGAUUCGCCUCGGGAUCGGCAGGAUCUGCGCACUCAUCAGCAAAGGGCUCGGCCGGAGCCAUCGUUGUGAAGACUGCCAAGGACAUAAGCAGCGGCCACAAAUCCGGAGAGGCAGCCUUGGGAGGGCUCUUUGAGGAUCUCAGAGGCGACCUCGCCGUGGGCCAGAGCUCCAGAAUCACGGGUGUAACAGGCACAGACGUACACUUCGGUGGCACCGGCCUCGAAAGGGCGGCGACGGUUUGGAAGUACAACAACGGGAAGAUCUCGUCGGAUUGGAUGCAUGUUGAGUAUGACGAGACAGGCAACUCCUUCUACGUGAUCCAGGAUCCCGAAACAUACCAGCCAAAACAGGAAAACGGAUGCCACCGGCUGAAGCAGGGCCUUGGGCACGUAUGCAUCGUACCGGACAGUGACAGACGCGGCUUCCACAUGAAAGCAGAAGUGGAUCUUACGAAAGAAGUCCCGUCCUAG